AUCCGACGCGCACCAAGGCUGCGGCGGACUAUUACAGAAGAGGACGCUGGUGAUUCCGCAUUAAUAGACAGGCAGAGCAGGCUUGGAAGCGAAGCUAAGCUAAGCUAAGCUAAGCUAAGCUAGAAGACAACCACAUGUUUACAUAACCUGUCUUGUGUAGCUUUUCAUCGUUUUUUUAUACAGAGAGAGGGACCAUUAAUUCAAGGACAGAUAUGUUGAUAUGAGUUUUCCGUUGGUGGGUUCUCGGGAGUGCUAGCUAGCAGAGCACAGCCGGCGAAAUCAAGCCAUAGCCUAAUCGUUAGCUUAGCAUUAGCGGCUAACUGGUCGUUAGCUCCGGAGCCGCUAAUUCGCUGUGUUGUAGCCAUUUGUUUCUUACACUCAAUAGCACAUUGUACGGGCAUUCUAUUCUUGUUUUAUUAUCAUUUUAACUUGUGAAGAAGAAGGGAGGACAGUGUCCGGUCGAGGUCGGGACCAGUUAGAAAGAGGCAAACGGUGUCCUUCCAGUGUAGCCGUUCACCAUGGACAACGCUCACACAAAGACGGUGGAAGAAGUGUACAGCUUUUUUAACGUGAUUGAAAGCACCGGGCUGAGCUUGGAGCAAGUCAAGAAGCAGCGAGAGCGGUACGGACCUAACGAGUUGCCAGCUGAGGAGGGCAAGUCCCUUUGGGCGCUGGUGGUGGAACAGUUUGAAGAUUUGCUCGUGAGGAUCCUUUUACUGGCUGCCUGCAUAUCUUUUGUGCUGGCCUGGUUCGAAGAGGGAGAGGAAACGGUUACAGCCUUCGUGGAGCCUUUUGUCAUCCUCCUGAUUCUCAUAGCCAAUGCCGUUGUGGGAGUCUGGCAGGAGCGAAAUGCGGAAAAUGCAAUCGAGGCCCUGAAGGAGUAUGAGCCAGAGAUGGGAAAGGUGUACCGCCAGGACAGGAAGAGUGUCCAGAGAAUCAAGGCCAGGGACAUUGUGCCUGGGGACAUUGUGGAGGUCGCAGUUGGCGACAAAGUGCCUGCAGACAUCAGGCUCACGUCCAUCAAGUCAACCACGCUGAGAGUCGACCAGUCAAUCCUAACAGGAGAGUCUGUGUCGGUUAUCAAACACACUGACCCCGUGCCGGACCCUCGUGCCGUCAACCAGGACAAGAAAAACAUGCUCUUUUCUGGCACCAACAUCGCGGCAGGUAAGGCCGUCGGUGUAGUGGUGGCCACAGGUGGAAACACAGAGAUCGGUAAAAUCCGCGACGAGAUGGCCGCAACGGAGCAGGAGCGCACACCCCUGCAGCAGAAAUUGGAUGAAUUCGGACAGCAGCUGUCCAAAGUUAUUUCACUGAUCUGCAUUGCCGUGUGGAUCAUCAACAUCGGACAUUUCAACGAUCCCGUCCACGGCGGUUCGUGGAUCCGCGGGGCCGUCUACUACUUCAAGAUUGCUGUGGCUCUGGCGGUGGCGGCUAUCCCUGAAGGUUUGCCUGCCGUCAUUACCACUUGCCUGGCUUUGGGCACACGCCGCAUGGCCAAGAAGAACGCCAUUGUCCGCAGUCUACCCUCGGUGGAAACCCUUGGCUGCACGUCCGUCAUCUGCUCCGACAAGACCGGCACCCUGACCACCAAUCAGAUGUCUGUUUGCAGGAUGUUCAUUAUUGACCGGGCAGAUGGCGGUCAUUGCUCCUUAAAAGAAUUCACCGUUACUGGCUCCACAUAUGCACCAGAUGGGGAAGUGUUCCAUGAUGGCAAACAAGUCAGAUGUUCCAAGUACGACGCUCUGGUGGAGCUGGCCUCCAUCUGUGCUCUCUGUAAUGAUUCCUCACUGGACUAUAAUGAGACCAAAGGUGUAUAUGAGAAGGUGGGCGAGGCCACUGAGACGGCCCUCACGUGUCUAGUGGAGAAGAUGAAUGUUUUUGAUACAGAAGUGAAAGGCCUUUCCAAGAUCGAGAGAGCCAACGCCUGCAAUUCCGUCAUCAAGCAGCUGAUGAAGAAAGAGUUCACAUUAGAAUUCUCCCGAGACAGGAAGUCUAUGUCUGUGUACUGUACUCCCAACAAAGCCCGCUCCUCUGCAGGGAAGAUGUUUGUUAAGGGUGCCCCUGAGGGAGUGAUUGACAGGUGCACGCAUGUCCGCGUAGGCAGCAACAAGGUGCCCAUGACCCCCGGCAUCAAGGACAAGCUGAUGUCUGUGAUCAGGGAGUAUGGGACGGGCAGGGACACCCUCCGCUGCCUCGCUCUGGCUACUCGGGACAAUCCCAUGAACAAGGUCGACCUGGCGCUGGAGGACUCCACUCGCUUUAUCGAGUAUGAAACCGAUUUAACAUUUGUGGGCUGCGUGGGCAUGCUGGAUCCUCCCCGGGCAGAGGUGGCAGCUUCCAUUAGACUUUGCCGUCUUGCAGGCAUUCGCGUAAUUAUGAUCACUGGUGACAACAAGGGUACGGCAGUAGCAAUUUGCAGACGCAUCGGUAUUUUUGGAGAGGACGACGACGUCUCCAGCAUGGCCUUCACCGGCCGGGAAUUUGACGACCUGUCCCCUUCGGCGCAAAGAGAUGCAGUGGUCAAGGCCCGCUGUUUUGCCCGCGUCGAGCCGUCCCACAAGUCCAAGAUCGUAGAGUAUCUGCAGUCCUAUGACGAGAUCACAGCUAUGACCGGUGACGGAGUGAAUGACGCCCCUGCUCUCAAGAAGGCGGAGAUCGGUAUCGCCAUGGGCUCGGGCACGGCUGUGGCAAAGACUGCCUCCGAGAUGGUGCUGGCCGACGACAACUUUGCCACCAUCGUGGCUGCGGUGGAGGAAGGCCGAGCCAUCUACAACAACAUGAAGCAGUUCAUCCGAUAUCUCAUCUCCUCUAAUGUGGGCGAAGUCGUCUGCAUCUUCCUGACGGCGGCUCUCGGUUUCCCCGAAGCUCUCAUCCCAGUCCAGCUGCUCUGGGUCAACUUGGUGACUGAUGGGCUUCCCGCCACCGCUUUAGGCUUCAACCCGCCAGACUUGGACAUCAUGAACAAGCCGCCUCGCAACGCUCGCGAGCCCCUCAUCUCUGGAUGGCUCUUCUUCAGAUACCUAGCUAUUGGAUGUUACGUGGGUGCUGCCACUGUGGGUGCCGCUGCCUGGUGGUUUGUUGCUGCCGAAGAAGGACCAAGGAUCACCUUUUACCAACUGAGCCACUUCCUGCAGUGUGGUCCAGAGAAUCCAGACUACCAGGGUCUGGACUGUAAGGUGUUUGAGUCUCCUUACCCAAUGACCAUGGCCUUGUCAGUGCUGGUCACCAUUGAGAUGUGCAACGCUUUAAACAGCGUAUCCGAGAACCAGUCGCUGCUGCGCAUGCCUCCCUGGGAGAACGUGUGGCUGCUAGGGGCCAUCUGUCUCUCUAUGUCCCUCCACUUCCUCAUCCUCUAUGUGGAACCUCUUCCGAUCAUCUUCCAGAUCACCCCCCUGAACCUGACCCAGUGGCUCGUGGUGCUCAAGAUAUCCCUGCCAGUCAUUUUGCUGGACGAGAUACUCAAAUUUGCGGCCAGGAACUACCUGGAGCCCGGUAAAGAGCUGGAGGAGAAGUCAGCCAGCUCCAAAGGCUGCUGCCUGGCUGCAUGCAUGGAGGGAAUCUCCUGGCCCUUCAUGGCCAUCACCCUCCCUCUGGUCCUCUGGAUCUACAGCACCGACACUAACAUGGCCGACAUGUUCUGGUCCUGACUGACUUGAGCACAACUUUUUUCUCCCCACCCCAACAUCACAGCCAUCACUCCCCACGUUUGCUCCCCUCCACCCCCCCCCCCCCCCCCCCCUCCUCCUCCAUGUGCGCAGCUCAUGUGUGUUGUGUGUAGGUGUGCUUAGCGUGUGCGUGUGUGAGAGGAGCAGCUAUGAAACAUGAAGCGCAGCAGUACCCUAAAUUGUUGGCUUUAGAUCACUCGCAUAGAUUUGAUUUCACUUUUUACUUUUAAAAUUAAUAUAAAUUCACGCCUUUUUAAGCUUUAUCCCUCGCUGGUGUAGUUUAGAGGAUCAUGAGUCCCGUGUCACUACAGUUAUUAUUUCGCCGAACUUCCUCCCCCUGCUCCUUAUCAAAACAAAGAAGAGGAAACCAGAAAAUUGUUGCUCUGUACAGAGAUUGAACACUAUUUUAUGCGGGGGUGUUUUUGUGUUUUUUUUUGUUUGUUUUUGUUUUUUUUUUUUUUUUGUAUGGCUUUGUAAAUUUGUUGGACCAGCGUGGCUUAGACGUGGACCGCCUUGAUUUCUUCUUUCUCCCCCUAAUGUUUACCAUUUGUGUCUUCAGAGGACAAGCGACGUGUGGCAACCAAGAACGGGCGGAUGGGAGGGGGGGAGUGAAUGUUGGAAUGCUCCGCUUACAUCAGUUAUUCUCAACUGGUAGUUUGCGGGUCUUUGCCUGGGCAAAAACAACAACAACAAAAAAUUGUACAAAAAUGUUAAACCAGAUGACCUCAGGCAAAAAAUAAAAACAAAAAAAAAGUCAUACAAAAGUCAUGUAAGGACCCGAUGUCCGUGAACGCACAUCGCAUACGUCUGUGCCGGUGGGUCCCGCAGACAAAACCGGUUGAGAAGCACUGGCUUAGAUGAUAGGAAAGAAAUACUAUUAUUCACAACUCUGCAUGUCCUGUGACCAAGCAUGAACUGUAUGUGGUUGCUCAUUUCUAAUUUAAUUGUGUGCCCCCCCGCCCCUUUUACCCUCAAAUGUUAUGUAGUACAAAUUAACUUUUUUUUUUUUUUUUACUGCUAUGAUUUGAAAUAAGUUUUCUUCACUGGGAAGAGCACAGCUACCUCAAUGUGAUAAAUGUUUUUGCUUUGUGCUCCUCUCUGUGGUAACAUGGGAGGUGUGCCCCCACCACACCACACCCCGGGUUUGCUUGUGCAGAAAAAUGGAACAAACUAUUCAUUCCCCUCUAACAUUUUUUUUAAUCUUUUUUUUUUUGCGUGUUUUGAUUUUGUGACAUUAACUUGGUUUGCUUUCGAGUCAAAUGUAGGCAAAGAUGUUAUUAACCGUCUUGAUGGCGCUUGAUUCAAAGGACGUUAAAAGUACGACUCACAAAUGACGUUGGAUUUCAAAUGAAUACCCCACCACCACAUCCCCGAACUUGUCUUUUUUUUUUUUUUUUACUUUUAAGGAGAAAAAAAAUA